GGUAUAGUUUAAGAAGGGCAUUUUUUUGUUUCAUAUUAUGAUUGGUUAAAAUACACACACUUAUAUAUUUAUUUAUAUAUAAGGAAAAUAUUUUUUUCGUACUUUUCCUUAAUUAUCCUUAAUAUGUAAAGAUUUUGCUUUUGUUUUCUUCAUUUAUCAACAAGUAUUCCAUAAUGGCUUCAAGCACGUAGGGGGUAAUAAAAUGUUGGUUUUCUGCUUGUACCUGGUUUCUAGUGAUUUUUUAUUGAUUCCGAUUUAUAAAUUUGACGUCUGAAUGUAAGAAAGAGAGGGGUAUAGUCUAGGUUGAUGUGUUUGGUUCUGUUGAAAUCAAAAAAUCAAUAAAUCUGUUUUCCUAUUUAAAAACCUGAAAUGAAUAAUUAGGAAGCUACAAUGAACCUAAUGAUUCCUUUUGUACAGUAAAACUGUUGUAAACUGUUCGUUUAAUUUUUAAAAUAAAAAAAUCAUGAAUUUUUUUUCAGCUCAAUUGUGUUUUCCCUACAAACCUUUUCAUAUACCCCUUUGUAUUUUAAAUAUGUAUUCCACUAAUAAUUUACGCGCAUUGUUCCAAAAAUAAAAACGUAAAUGAUCCAUAUUCAUUUUAUGCUGACUGUUCUUUUUUCCAUCUACACGGUGAUCGCUCUAUAGUUCUGCUUAAUGCGGAUGGAGGGAUAUCUACAAUAUAUAUGAUUUUUUUUGUCAUCGUUAUUAUUUAUUACUGUUGUUAUUAGUUUAUUAAUAUCCUAGAUGUUUUGUGAAAAGUGUUGACUUAUCUUUCCUUGACACUGUAAUGAUGGCCUCGUGUCAUUAAAAAGGCCCUAAUUUGUUAAUUCCGUGCUUGUUUGCUGGCGAUAAGCUUACGUGGUCUUAGCCAUUACCCGCAAAGUGUGUACUAUUUUUCUUUUUUUCCUCUUUUGCUCUUCCCUCCCCCCCCCUCCCCCCCUUCUCUGCUUCCAGGUACAAUCCGUGUGAACAUUCAAGGCCGAAAGGGUCGGAUUCAACGCGAAAAUAGGGCGGGAAAGGGAGUUGUCCGUCCUCAAAAAUCCCCCUUUCAUGCGAUGUAUCGUCGGUGGUCCACCUCCUUAGUGGGCGGAUGCCUUCUAGGCGUCAUCGUCGCCCUCCCAUCGCUCACCAUCCCCCGUCGUGGGGUGAAACUUCUCAACCCCAUUGGCAAACAAGGCAGCCAACAUUACGGGGUGGAGCCUCAACUCAAGGCGGGCAAGGACGUCCAGUUAAAGCACACGGAGAUGUACGACGGCUACACCGACGACUUUGGCGUCUUUAAAGAAGGCCCCCCGAUUGCCCUCCGGCUGGAGUACAUCCGCUCCCCCGAUCACGGCUUCUCCCAACAACUCUUGCAGAAGGAUAUUUGGUCGCCCUUCCAGGUCGGCGCCGGGAUGAUGAGCUACACCCCGUUGUAUUACGACUGGCAGGGCUUCUCCAGUCGGGAUUAUUGGGGCCACCGGAGCGGAACAAACCCCGGGAGUAAAGUCGUGAUGGGGCAUUACCGCCGAGACGAGCAACGCGCGUGGGGGUAUCGCGUGAUGAUUAACCACAAACCGCAGAAACGGGUCCCGAAAUGGCUCGCCUGUGUCGUGCAUUUGCCACGGCAAAAGACCUUCUUGGGGUUUUUCCUCUACGCCAACGGCGCCUAUGUCGCGGAGCUGCUGACGUACAAACAACUCCCGCGGAUUACGUACAACCGCCCGUUUCAAGGCUGCCUUCCGACGAUCGGGCAGACCGUUUCGCUUGGCGAGGUCACUUACGGGAAGGAGCUGCACUCGUUGGAGAUGUAUCCUGGGCAUGGUGGAGUGAUCUGCCGCGCGAGUGGAACCGCCGCGGUGGUACUCCGAGGCUCCGAACCGAACCUCGUUCCGGUGCUCCUCCCUUCCAAGGAGGUGCGGUUGUUUGAUAGCAGCUGCCACGCCGUUUUCGGCCGUCGCGCGGGGGUGAUGUACAACAAACAACGGAAUUAUGGCAAGCGAAACGUCGAGGCGAAUAUGCCGCAUCGGCCGAAGGUGCACGCGAAGUCGAAGCGCGUCUCCAGCCACCCUGCGGGGGGUGGAAAUGGGGGCUCGCCAAACCUUUUGGUACCCCUAGACUGGCGGAUUCACCCGCGAAAUUGCGUGCGAUCGAAGUAUUGGCUUUCGGGGUAUAUUAUACGAGGGCGGCAGUACAACAAACAACAAGCGGUUGCGGAUAUUAAAUCGAAGACCUAUAGCUGGGCGAACCGUGAUCCUGUGUAUCGGUAA